GUCGGGAUAUAGGUAUGAAUUUCAGAUUCAUAACAUUUUAUGUUAAUCUUUUUAAAAUCUCCAAAUAAUUGUUAAGUAAUAGUUUCUAAGAUCGAUCUUGAGAAGAUAAUUUUGAUUCCGUAACUCAUUGUGAGUGGUGAUACGGAUUCUCUCAUCUGGAGGAAAAAUUUUUACUAAUUUUUACGUUUGCGUUAGUGUUAGUGUAAUAUAAAGAAUUUUAGCGUGCGGCCAUCUUGUAUUUCAAUUCUGCACUAAGGAAAAAGUAAAAUUUUCUCUAAAUAUAUCCCAUCAAUCCGCCAGAACUACCCGGAUUUUAAAGAUGGAGAAUCAUUAUGGAAUUGGAAUAGCAAAUCGUUAUGAAUUAUUUUACGAUCAAGAUGAUGUUACGGACUUUGAAACCGUAAUAACUAAAAAGAAAGAAAAGAAGAUAAAAGAACCGGCACAACAAAAUCAAUUGACUUCAUCAACUAAUAUAGUUCAACCUAAAUCAUCAUCUGAAAAGGAAAACAAACAAUUAAAAAAAGAUACUUUGGAAAAUGGAAAUCUUCAGAAUAAGCCUAAUCAGGGUCAACGGCGUGGUAUAAAGGAUCAACAAAAUAACAUCAAUAAAGAUAAUUCGACUACUCAGCAGAAAGAAGACAAAAUUUUUUUCAAUAACCGACCUAUUCUCAACAAAUCAGGAAAUACCGAAAAUCGUGAAGAACGAAAUAACCGUCGCAAUAAGGAAAUGAACGGAAUGUCAGAUUUUGAAAAACCCCGAAAUGUUGGUGGAAAUGCAGUUGGUCAACGUAAUCAGAAUCGUAACCGAAACUUUGAAGGAAGAAAACGAGAACGAGAUCGCCAAUCAGGAAGUGACAAGACAGGUGUGAAGGCAAUUGAUAAGCGAGAUGGAAAUGGCAAAGGAAACUGGGGUAGUGUUAAACAAGAUAUCGAUGAUAUCAACAAGCCACUUAUUGAUGAUGAACAGAAAGAAGGGGUAGAUGAAGUUAUUUUAGAACCCACAGCAAUAACGGCAGUUGGGGAUGAACUAAAGGAAAUGACUUUGGAUGAAUGGAAAGCGCAAAGACAAGCUCAAUUGCUUCAGCCACAAUAUAAUUUGAGGAAAGCAGGCGAAGGUGAAGAUAAUGCUCAAUGGGAUAAAAUGAAACGAUUGGACAAAAAAUAUGGAGAUGAUGAGCUCAAUCGCAAAGAUGAUGGACUAUCUACUGGAAAAAAGGAAGACGGAAAAAAGAAACAAGUAUUGGAUAUUGAAUUUCAUUUCAAUGACGGCCGCCGUGGAGGCUUAGGCCGUCGACCUGGUACAGGAGGGAAAAUUUCUGGAGGACAUGGUAACACUCAGAAUAGACGUCCCAGGACAAAUCGGGAUAGUGGAGAACGUAAAGAUGAUUUGCAUAAUGCUGGUGGAGAAAAUCGUGAAAGACGUACACUACGUCGUCCACGAUUUGAUAAUCGUCGAGGUGAAUUACAUGGACAUGAUGCUCAACACGCACCUAAAGUCAAUGACGAACGAGACUUUCCAUCACUUGGCUAGAUUUAGUAAAGUAAAAUGUAUAUCCAAGAAAUGGACUGUCUUGAUUUAAAUUAUAAAUUUGCUUUUCUAAUUAUACUUAAAAUUCUGUGCCUGUUUUCAAACAAAAAAUCAAUAACUCCUAAUUUCAUUUUCAACAGCUUCAUUAGUUUUUGACAUUUUAAAUUUUAUUAUUUAGUUAUGUUUAUCAAAAUCUACUAACAAACAUAAGUUUUUCACCCAACUUUGAAAUCAAAAGUCUCAACAAAAAAAAGAAAGAAAUAAAAUACGAUAAACAUGAAUUUAAGAAAGAAAUUACUUAUUAGACGCUUCACACACUUGCUGUAUAUUUUACUUUUUCACGUUUUUAAAUAUUUUUAAACUAUGUAAGUAUAGCACUGUAAAAUAAAAACAAAAAUAUAAAAUUAUCAGGAAAGACACAAUUCAGAGUUGAAAAGGGAAUUUUCUUUAAUACUUUGACUUCAAGAACAAGAUUCUUUUAGUCAAAACUUUAGAAAAAAAUGUGUACUUGCCACUUAUUUCGAACUUAAUUUUCUCCAAUUUCUAAG